AUGAGAGGCAUUGCUUGGAACUGUAGAGGGUUAGGGCAGACCUCUACAGUUCGUGAGUUGAAGUCCUUGAUUCGGUUGCGCUCCCCGAAUUUCAUCUUUCUGACCGAACUCAAAGUUGAUGCUUCAUCUUUGCUGUUGGUAGUGCGUGAGAUAGGGGAUAUAUUUGGUGGACCGUGGCUCAUCUUGGGUAACACGAACUUUGUCCUUAGUGAAUCUGAACGAGUUGGAUCUAAAGGUAGAGAUCAGUUCAUUCCGGUAAUCUCCAACUUGGUGAAUUCCAGGGGUCUGAUCAGUAUGGCCAUCCAGGGAGACUGUCUGACCUGGGAUAAUCACCACUCUGGAACCAACCAUGUCAAAUCGGCCCUGGACAAAGGGCUAGCUAAUGGAGUGUGGAUUAGUCUUUUCCCAAAGGCAGCUCUCUACUCUUCCCAGACCUCAACUUCGGAUCACCGUCCUCUAUGUUUGCUUUUUGGGGGUUUGGAGGAUAAAAUCCGAAGGAGUUUUAAGUUUCAGGAAGCCUGGACUAGGGAUGAAAGGAGUAGAUUAGUGGUGGAUUCUGCUUGGAAAUCCCAAUUUGGAAAAAUUGACACUCUAAUUCGUGAUCUGGAGAGGAGACUGGAUCUUAUUCAAAUGCUUCCGGUGGGCUCUAGAGAUUGGGAGACUGAAAGAAAUUUGCGUAGCUCUCUUAACGAGGCCCGUGUGAGGAAAGAUCUGUAUUGGAAAAAAAGGGUCAGGGUCUCUUGGCUGAAAGAUGGUGAUAAGUGCUCCAAGUUCUUCUUUCUAACUGCUUCUAUCAGAGGGAGAAGAAAUGCCGUUGAGUGCAUUCUCAAUAAAGAUAAUAUGUGGAUCUCCAAAAGACAGGAAAUAGGCAAUGAAUUCAUGGAAUUCUUCCAAGGAAUUUUCACGGGGUCGGAGACUGGAAUUGAGAUGAAUUGCAUCGACUUAAUCCAUGAUAGACUAUCUUUGGAAGACCAGGCCGAGCUCAUUAGACGACCCUCCUGUGAGAAAAUUAAGGCCACCCUGUUUUUCAUGAGUAAUAACAAAGCGCCAAGACCAGAUGGAAUGUCGGUUUUGUUUUUUAAACACUAUUGGGAAUCUGUUGAGAAUGACUUUUGCGAAGCUGUCUUGGAUUUCUUCCACUCAGGGCGUAUGCACAAAGGCGUCAAUGCUACUAAUAUUGUCCUUAAUCCUAAGGUUCAGAACCCUAAGAGACCGAGCCAUUUUCGACCAAUCUCUCUAUGCAAUGUGGUAUAUAAGGUAAUAUCCAAGAUCAUUGCUAACAGAAUCAAGCCAGUGUUACCUAGACUCAUCUGCCCUACUCAAGCUGCCUUUGUGCCUGGGAGGAAUAUUCAGGAUAAUAAUGUGAUUGCCCAGGAAAUUAUCCUCUCGUUUAAUAGGAAAAAAGGCAGAGAAGGUCUGUUUGCUAUAAAGAUUGACCUCAUGAAAGCUUAUGAUAGGAUGAGUUGGAGAUUUAUUGAUCAUAUUAUUGAUUGCUUUGGGGGGGGCCCUAUUAUAUCCCAUAUCUUCUUCGUCGAUGACCUCAUUCUGGUUGGCAAAGCCAAUCUAGAGGAGGCCAAAGGAUAUUGGGAUUGUCUUGAGAAGUUUUGCUCCUGGUCUGGUCAGAAGGUGAAUAAAAUGAAGACCUCCAUUUUCUUUAGUCAGAAUACUCCCAACGGCAUGAAACAAGGGAUCAAGGCUCUGCUGGGUAUAGGAUCACCGGAAGGAAAUGUCAAGUAUUUAGGUCUCCCUCUUUUCAGAUCGAGACAAAAGGAUGCAGAUUUUAACUUCAUUCUGGAUAACUUGACUUCGAAAUUACAUGGUUGGAAAGCUAAGACUCUUUCAAAAGCGGGAAGGGCGACGCUAAUCAAGUCGGUAGGUCUCUCUCUUCCUAUGUAUGCUAUGCAAACUACUAAGCUUUCCAACCGUCUUGCUACUAAGAUUGACGGUUUGGUUCGUGACUUCUGGUGGGGCUCUGAGAAGGUUAAUCAUGGGCUUCACCUAAAAGCAUGGGACAAAUUCUUCCUCCCCAAGUCUUUAGGGGGGUUGGGCUUCUGA